AUGUUUUGUGAACAGAUGUGUAAACACGGAUGCUAUGCUUUUCGACAAAGAUUGACAGAAGUGAGACAGGUACGUAUUGAGGUCAAUAUGGGAGAGAUGUUAGGGAAUGGUACCGCACAAUUCGGAGUUUUGCUCGCUAUGGUCAUCCAUCCACUUGCUAUUGCUGUUUGCUUCGCAGCCGUAACCAGCCUUCUGCUUGCAUCACUGACGAAUGCAGAUGACCAAGUAUCACAUAUUUAUCGCCGUCAGUUACAAUUUUAA